GGAAAUCGAGGAAUUUACUAGAAGUUAUUGAGGUUAAAAUAUUAAACUGCAAAACAAACGUUGUCUGCUAUCUCGAAGUGAAUUCCCAGUAGCAGAACAGAAAAAAAGAAGUCUUCCGUCUCAUAUUCUUCGAUCCUCUGGAAAGUUGUAGACCAGAGCAAGAAUACAUUAUGGCUGGACAUAGUGAUUCAAGUUCGUCUGAAAAGAAAUCAAGUGAAGCCAUGAAUGACGUACCGACCUUUAGCACGGAGAAUAUGCAAAAUAACAUGAAAGUUAUAUAUUACAGCCGAACGUUUAUGUCUAUCAUUGGAGGAGUUAUUGCUGGAAUUUUAGGGUUCACAGGCUUUAUGGGGUUUAUCUUUUAUUUUCUUGUCAUGGCAAUUACUUCAAUUGGACUCAUAGCAAAGGCAAAGUUCUCAGUCCAUUUAUAUUUUGAUAGCUGGAACCGGAUUAUACUCGAUGGUUUCAUGGGCGGGCUUAUGUCAUUCGUGCUAUUUUGGACAUUUGCGUACGACAUUGUGCAUAUAUUCUGAAGAAGAAUCUGCAACACCUCACCGGAAAGAGAAGCCAAGUCGUUGCCCUUGCCAUUUGCUGGAGACUGGAUUCUUUAGGGCUUUGUUUUGAUAUGUAAAACUAUUAUGGGGGGUUACCUUUUGAUUCCUUUCUCUAUGUUUAGUAUUUACAUUUUAAUUUAAUAUAUUUUGGGUUCAGUAGUUUUACAGAAUCAUUAGUUAGACUAAAUAGUUUUUUGGUAUGAUGAUCAAUGUCUCUUUAAUGUUUGUUUUACAGUCCGUGAAGAGCAAUCCCUUUCCUUCGGGGUUUAUGGUUGUUUCUCCUGACAAUAUCAUUUUUAAUGUUCGAAGUUGUGUUCUUUUUAGAA